AUGUCGGAACGUAAAGGCCGUGGACGGGGUCGUCGCUCCGUCAUCGACACGAGCGACUCCACUCCCGCCGCUACUGCAUCACCCAUCGCCUCGAGCUCGAAACAACCCAAGAUCGAAGAUGACGAUGAAGACGCAGCCAUGUUCGAGGAUCCACCCGAGGAUGUCGAGAUGCGAGCUGCCGAGGACGCAGGCGAUGGGGUUCCUUCGACAGGACCAGAGGCCUCCACCUCGUCGUCCAAGCGUAUCAGUUCAACGACCACGUCCUCGACCACGCGAGCGAAUCCGAGAGUCCGUCCUGUAGGUGGACUGCUGGGUGGUCAGAGUGAAUACGUGCAGGAUGCGUCGCGCUCGGUCACGCCCAAGUUGAAGUUCAAGCCCAAGAACACGAGGAAGAACAGGCCUGCCGUUUCGGAUGAUGAGGACGAGUCAGUCUACCGAUCUUCAUUACGUCUAUGUGAUAAUGCAGGGACGUCUGACUUCUUUUUUUCUCACUUUUGUACCUCGACAGCGAGGUCAAGAUGGUAAGUUGAUUCGGGGCCAGUCAAAUAGGAGCGAGACAAAAUUUCGUCUCCGUUCGGAGAUGGCCAAGGUCACCUGUCUCGCGCCGAAUCAGCUUACUUACGCAGACCGCUUUCGGUCACACUUGAACAGGAAGAAUAUGACAAUUCGAGGUCCCGAGGUCGUGGUCGUGGUCGAGGAGCGAUGGCCCCUCGUCGCGAACUCGAGAUGACCGCCAGCGGUCCGAUGGCCCAAGGUCCUGGUGGAGCUCGUGAGUGAUGUCGACGCUAUGAGAUCUUGUCUCGUGAGGACGACUACUCAAUUGCAGGAACAACACUCACAGCCAAAGGUUUCGGAAGCAAACGAACGUUCGGAGCGGCGGGAGCAGGGGUGAUGAACGCCUCUCGUGACGGAACCCAACUUUCGGAACGUAGGAACGACGCGACGGAUGACGACGACGAAGAUGACGUAGCCGAGGAGGAGGACGAUGGAUCCCACAACGAUGGAGGUCGUCAGAACGGUGGGAUGCCUCCGAGCAGUCGCGAGCUCGAUUCGAUCGGUCGUGAGGAUGAGAUGGCGCCAUUGACGCUGCCGAGGGAUCCUCGCGUCGAAAAAUUGGCCGCUGAACGUAGGAAGGAGCGUCAGCUCAGAAAGGCCAAGGCCGAACGUGAAGGUGCGCUCAGGGCUGUUGUGUUUCAGGCGAAUUCAGGCCCAAUAGAUCAGAAGUUCUGAGGGCGUUGACUUGAGCACAGCCGAAAUGGACGUCAAGGCCGAACCGGGCGACGAUUCGCGAGCGUCGUCCAUAUACCUCUCCUCUGCGACCGCGACACCGGGCUUGGAGACCGAGUCCAAGGCCGAUUCGAAGACGACCUUGCUCGAAGAGGAGACGAAGGAGGCCAAGCCGAUCAACCCCGAGGACACAGACCUGCGGCCCUUCUUUGAUAUCAAGGUGGGUCCGACCUAGGAGUCCGCGGGCGAAGAAUUGAAUCUGACUGAAGCUGGUACCCGCGGUCCUUCCCUCAGACAGGAGAACCGGAUCAAUUGCACAUCAUGCAAUUCCCUCGCGUGUUCCCCAAAUUCGUGCGAGCCGACGGAACUUCUCCACCGGAGAACAAGGACGAUAAGGCGGACGUUCAACCUCCCGAAUGGGGUCGAGCCGGAACGCGCAAGGAGAAGGCGGCGAGGUACAGCAAGGAAGCGGGCAGGAUCGGCGAGAUGCGUAUCCACCGUAAUGGCAAGGUCACAUUCAAGAUCAACAAUGAUCUCAUUUACGAGGUGAGCUUCAGCAUUUAUUUUCAGACCUCACCGUUCUGAUCAUCAUACCUAUCCUUUGCCUAUCAGGUCCUCCCCGCGGCCCAACCGACCUUCCUCCAAGAGAUCGCCAUGAUCGACCAUCCCGACCUGAACGACCCUCCCUCCCCUACCGACCCAGACAAACGCCCCAUCCCAAGCGUCGUCAUCCUUGGCCAAACGUACAACAAGUUCAUCGCCGCGCCCGAAGCGAGUUAUCUGUUGGGUCGUAUCGCCGAACAGGAUCGGGAGGAGAAGGAGGCCGAGAUGAAACUCAAGGCGGUCAAGAGGGAGUCCAAGGCGCAUCAAGACGCUCGAGAGUGA